UGCAUGUACAGAGUCCUAAAUUCUCCCAGCUGUCUGGGAAGAGGGAAUUAGGCACACUGUACACACAGCUUUUGUACCUUUUCUGUCCGGACCAGAAAGGAGAGAUCUUUCCUUCAGCAAAACAUGUCGUUGAGCUUCAUCCUCGGACUCGUAGGUAAUAUCACGACCGGGCUCGUCUGCCUCGCUCCUGUGCCAACGUUCUGGCAUAUCGUGAAGAAACGAUCGACAGAGGAAUUCGAGAGCAUUCCAUACAUAUUCCAGCUCGUGAAUGGGUGCUUCUGGACUUAUUACGGGAUCGUGAAGCCGAACAGCAUCGUUGUGGCCACUGUCAAUGGAUUCAGUGUCGCUCUUAUGACCAUCUAUGUUGUCAUAUUUCUAGUCUUUGCUCCACUGAAAAUGAAAGUGAGGACGAUAGUACUGGCGGUGACAUUCGAUAUAGUGUUCCCGUUAGUAGCUAUUUCAUUGUCGGUGUUGAUUUUAGAUCGGGAGAUGCAGAUCAGCACCGCAGGCCUUCUAAGCGCCAUCUUUAGCAUGAUCGCUUAUGGUUCUCCUCUUUCUGCCAUGAAAACAGUAAUUAUUACGAAGAGCGUGGAGUAUAUGCCAUUCACGCUUUCAUUUCUCCUAUCCGUAAAUGGAGGUGUAUGGACAGUCUAUUCCAUCCUCACAAAAGACAUCUACAUUGGAAUUCCAAAUGUGACCGGACUUGGCUUGGGGAUAUUUCAGCUGCUUCUGUAUGCGAUGUAUUGGAAACCGAAGAAGGUGUCAUCCAUCGAUGGAAAUGGAAUUGCUGUGGGUGCAGGAGAUCUCGAAGAUGGAAUUGCUGUUCAUGAACCUCUCCUCCUUCCAAAUUCACCCGCCACUCCUAAACAAGAGAAUAUCGACGAGCAAUGAGAAAAGAACGGAAUCCCGAUUCGAUUCUACAUGUAUUAUAUUUUUGCGUCUCCUCAUUCGAAUAAUCUUCUAGAUAUGUACAUGUAUGUUAUGAUUAUGGUUUAUUGAACAAGUAAUAUGAUUUAAAUGUAGUUCGACCAAGGGAUGGAACGGACAUUACCUCUCUCCCUCUCUCUCUCUCUCUCUCACUCU